ACUUGAAUCAUGGCGCGCCAUACUUAAUUUCGUGAGAAAAUUACCAACACAACCAAAACUGUCUUAUCACGCCACCAGUGUAUUUUACGUCGUGGUCUAAGACAUAUUUACCACUUAUUUGUUUUUCUUUCACCGCUAAUUCUUGGUUCAAAAAUCAAAAUCAGUAACAAUUUUAGUAGUUACUACAAACCAAUAUAUAUGUAUCAAUGACGUGCAAUGGGUGUACGAAGCGCUUUGGACUGUUAUCGAAAGAAUAUGGUUGCUCUUCUUGUAACUAUUCGUUUUGUUCAAAAUGCUUAAGAUUUAGAAGCAAGGAAGGUAGCAAGAACAAUUCCAUAUGUUUGCGGUGUCACGAGCUCUUGAAAAAUGACCAGAAGGGAGUAACUGUGUCAAAGUGCGAAUCAUACAUUUUAGAUGCUCCGAUUGAGUCGGGUACUAGUAGUGUGAUAAAACCAACAGUUGCUCACAUGGGACCUACCAAUGAUUCAGAUGUGGACAGUCAAAUUCGAAAGAGGCUGCUGUGUUUGAAAGAAAAGACGCAUGGAAAUGAAUCUACAUAUUCGGCAGCAACAGUAAGUGAUAUAGAAAAACGACUCGCUGAAUUAAAGGGAAUAGAAUAUAAGGAUUACACUGAAUCUAAUAAAAGAUUUUUAUUACAAAAAGAUAACCGAACUCAAGAGGAGCAGAUAAGAGAUAUAAUGAAACAGUUUACCGAAGAGCAGGACAUGCUUAAUGCUGUGAGCAACUAUCGAUUGACCGAGAUCGAUGAAAUUGGAAAGCGUUUAGCUCAAUUGAAAGACGACUCGUAUGUGAAAAUCAAUCCGGCACAUAAUAUAGCACAGGAAGAAAGUGAAGAUGAAACAAUCGAAACAUUAACCAGGAAAUAUAUAGAAGAAGCAGCAAUCGACGCCAAAAAUCAUAGCAAUAUUGACGAUGAGUUGAGCACCGAAGAUAUCCCCGAACCAUUGGACCCAUCCGAAUUAAAAGAGCUACCUUGGUGCACAAUUUGUAACGAAAAUGCUGAUGUUCGAUGCAUGAGCUGCGGAGGAGACUUAUUUUGUCACAGUUGCUUCAAAGAGUGUCAUAAUGACGACGAAGAGUAUAGAACACAUAGAAAGAAAUCCUUUAACGCUUAUCAAGAAAAUAAUUCUUAAAUUGUAUAUCGAUUGAGUUUGAAAUAUAGUGCUAAACUUUUCCUUGAUUUUGUAUAUAGGGAAACGGUUCUCUCACCGGUA